AAGGCUGCACUUAUGCCUUGGUCAUGUUCCGGAAAACACUGUGGAGGCACACCGUGAGCGAUGUAGUUCACCUGCAUCAAGACCGGGCUCUGAACACGACCAUAUUCAUCUUGAAGGAGUAUGGGCCAACUGGGUUUCUCUUAAAGGAGGAGGGAGAAUCCAAGAAGUUCAAAGUAUGCCUAGGAAACCCCCAUACCUGCACCUGUCUGACAUAUGUGAAAGAGAGAGACCUCUGCAAGCAUAUCUGCUGGGUUUUGAUGAGGAAAUUCAGACUGCCCAGAGACCAUGAGUACUGUCUCCAGCUGGGCCUGGUGGACAGGCAGAUUAGCGAAAUGGUGCAGGACUUGCACUCAGCCCAGACCCCCUGCACCGAGGACCCCCUCACCCCCAUCCUCACCCCCAUCCUCACGGAGGAGGACGGCUAUGUGAAGCAGAAGGAGGUGGAGGCUGAAGACGUGUGUCCUAUCUGCCAGGAGGACCUGAUGGGGAAGAGGCUCCCUGUGUCCUACUGCAGGUAUGGGUGCGGUAACAACGUCCACAUCUCCUGUAUGAAAGUGUGGGCGGACCACCAGGCGCGAACGGACCCGGACAUCAUGGUGAAGUGUCCGCUCUGCCGGGAGGCCUUCCAGCCCAUGAGGACCCUGCUGGACCAGCUGAAGAACUCCGCCAACCUUCUCACCACCGCCGAGAGAGAGCGCCAGGACAGGCACCUGGGCAUCAUCUGCAACGGCUGCAAGGCCAACCCCGUCACCGGCAAGUGCUUCAAAUGUGUUGUCUGCAGUUACUAUCAUCUGUGUGAGACCUGUUUCACCGGCCACUGCCAUCCCCAGCAUCCUUUCGCCUUCCGUGCGAAAAGAUCCCAGCGCUGGGUUUCCCUGAGAUAUUCUGCCAGACAGAAAUCAGACGAAGCGCAGGACUGGAACCCCGAAACUACAGAAGACCAAGACAGCGUGGUCCAGAGCGAAACAGUACCAGAGCACAUUGUGAGGAGCCUGCUGCCGGUGGAGGUGAGGCAGGGCUCCAAGCUGCUGAAGCCAGGCCAGCAGUGCAGGCUCUGCCUGAGGAGCUUCCUCCUGGGCCAGCACGUCAAGCACCUGCCCUGCCAACACAAGUUCCAUGCAGGCUGCGUGGAUGCAUGGCUCCUGGAGUCGAACUCCUGCCCACUGGACAGAUACGUCGUCUACAACCCCCUGACCUGGCAACGAUCGGGAAAACCACCCGCAUCCAAACCCGGCCCAAACCCGACGCGCGGUCCGCAGAAAGCCACGGACCAGCUGUUCAUCCCAGGAACGGGGCUGCAUCCAGGCCCCUGCGGGAACACCGCCUCCCCCGCCGCUCUCCAGAAGGACCCGGCUGCGAACGGGACGCACGCUGAAACCGAAGGCGGGGAUGGCUCCGACUGCACCCCCCAUCCGCAGGAGCUGGCCGUUAACGCGACCCCGAAAGACGCCAACCUGGCCCCGCAGAGAGAGCCCAGGCAGGCCCUGCAGAGGGAGCCCAGGCAGGCCCCGCAGAAAGAGCGGCGGGCGAGCGAGCCCUGGAGCAGGGAGCCGUGGAAGGAGAUGGCCGGCGCGGGAGCAGGGUGCUUCGCCCGGACCCAGAGAGUGAGGAAGGGCGUGAAGAGCGCGGUGAGGCCCAGCGUGUGUGCGGACCGGACGGACCGGACCGAACUGGGCCUGUCUGUCAGGCUGAACGGGCUGGAGAUGCAGGUGCACUCCAGAGACACCAGCCUGGGGAGGACCCAGCCCCAGAAGAGACCCCUGGCCCCCCGGCCAGCCCCAGGACCCCCCGGGGAGACAGACCUCGUCAUCCAGCCAGCAGGGGUCCUGUCAGGUACUCCUCCACACGAGGAGGUGGUCCAGGAAUAG